AUGUCGUCAAAAGCUGCCUUGCUCCAUGACUUGGAGAAAAAGCGGCAGGAGCGAGAGAAGCAGCGCCAGAAGAACGCAGAGGAGGCAGCCGAGGAAAGCCACCGAGCACAGGCUGCCUUGCGCAUCCAGUGCUUCGUCCGAAGCCUGUUGGCGAGACGCAGCUGGACAGAGGCUGAAUGGAAGAGCCUUCAGAAGCAGGUGCAAGACCUGGGCACUCUCGCGAAGGCGUUGCGGCAGCAAGGAAAGCAGUUCCUUGUCCCGGCGGAGUUGCUGCUAACGUUCCUGCGGAGGUCUACUUGGCAGGUCCAUCGGUGCAGCGCUGCAAGAAGUCCAGAUGCGAUGGCUGAGGUGCUUCAGACUCUGUCCGCGCUGGCGCUGGACGGAUUGCGGGCCUCUCCAAGCGACUCUCAGAAGAGCUUGUGUUCACUUUUGUGCCUCGAAGCACAACCAGUGCAUGUGCCAGAUCCAAAUCGAACCAUCGUGAACUUCUGCCAAGCUUUGCUGCGCGUGGCGACGGCACCGGUCCGUGGCUCUUCGCCAGUGUCCACGGCGGCAUCGGCCUGCAUGGCAAACCUGGCCGAAAUACUGGAUCUGAACAGCUGGGCAGGCGGCUCUGCGAUGGGCGGGCCGUUUGCUCGAAGGAUUUCUGGGCCGCUUCUGCAGACUUGCACUUGUCCGGCUAUGCUUGAACCUUGGCGUGGCUGUGCGCUUGCUGCAGCCGGCUGCUGGGGCAGCGGCGGUUCAGCGCCAGAGAAGCUGCAGAAUCUGGUAGCCGUGGCAGCUGCGCUGCUUGGGCUUGCCCUCCAGGAGCCGAAGACCGGCGAAGGCCCAGCUGCCGAGCUGCUGGCUGCGGUGUUGUCGGUCCCAAGGUUAGGAGCUCCAUUGGGCCGAGCUCUUCCCAAAACGGAGGAGCACAUGUGGUCCCCAGCUUUGCGUCGACUGGGAGCCCGCUUCAAAGAAUAUCGUGGGCAUGAGCGCCAAGGUUCUGCGAAAGCGAUGGAGCAGGAGUACGCCAUGGCAUAUGCUGCAGGUAACCUGUUCGAACUGCAUGCCGCGCUGGCCUUGCCAUUGCCGGAGCUGCUUGCGAUCGAAUCAUACCUGCUGGAAAGAGCAGUGGAGGUAUCAAUGCUUCCUGGAGCAGGAGCUUUGGGCCAAGAUGAGCCGGUGACCCUGAAGGAGCUACGUCGGCAGCUGCAACACCUGGCCGAUCCUGCUGCCAUCGCCCAGUGGUGGAACCAAGUCCUCAUGCUGAAGUAUGUGCCAAAGGAGGUCGUUUUGGGACCUUUGCGGCUCCGCGGAUACCAGCGGCACUGCCUUGCCGUGGCGCAUCAUAAGGUAUGCCCGCGUGCAGUGGACUGCCUGGCACAGCUCUACAGCACACUGCUUGGCAAAGCUCGUGCAGCCUCGAAGUCAGGAUUGAACUACCAGGUUUUUCAAAGCAUCGCCAAUACCAUUGCCUACAUGGAGGGUGGGGAUGUGACGAAGGCGCUCUGGAGGCGCAUUCAAAGUGUAAUGGCUGGUGAUGCGCGCUCCAGAUCCUCCAGCCAACCUUUGGGCAACGUUCUUCACUUGAUUCACCUGCAUGCUGUUCUCCUCUCCCAGAGCCUGGGAAUCAUGACAUACGAUGAGCUCCGAAGCCCAGAGUCUCCUCUCUGCAAGCACGACAUCGCCGUCUAUGUGAGCCAGGUGACCUCGGUCACCGCCCGGCUGGCUUGGAGUGGUGCGGAAGCAUCCGGCACUACGGCCACUACUGGCCUUCAGGUCCGAGAGGAACUCCUGGAAGCUGCCGGACGCGUCCUGGCCCAGCUAUGGGCGCUAUGCCGCCGUGGAGAGAAGCCUCUUCCAGCGAGCAACUGGCAUGCUCCAGACUCGGUCGCCGAAGCCUUCAAAGCUGUCGUCAAGGAGAUCACCGACACGCUGCAGCUUGCUCAGCCAGCACAGCUGCCCGCGGGUGCCGAGCGUUUGCUCAGACAUCUGCCGCAGGCCAUACCCUUCGAGCAGCGAGUUGCGCUGUUGCGUGCUCGGGUCCAGGUGGCUCGCGAGGCAGGCCUUGGCCGGCCAGUUGUGAAGCUGACCGUCCGCCGCACCCACCUCUUCGAGGAUGGCCUCACGUCCCUGAUGCUGAAGGAGGCUGAUUGGCGAGCUCGGUUUCAGGUCGUCUUUGUGAACGCUUCAGGUCGGCCUGAACAGGGACAGGAUGCGGGUGGGCUCUUCAAAGAGUUCUGGGAGAAGCUGGCUGAGACAGCCUUCAAUCCGGAGUACGGUCUCUUUCGCAUCACUGAUGAACGCCUUCUGUACCCAAAUCCAGAUGCAUGGAAAUACCAUGAGAAUGUGGAAACUCUCUUUGAAUUCUUGGGGCUCGUGAUUGGCAAGGCCAUCUUCGAGGGCAUUGUGGUGGAGCCCUCAUUUGCGCCUUUCUUCCUUGCCAAGAUUCUUGGCAAGCACAACUCCUACUACGACCUCCAGUCCCUCGAUCCAGCACUUUUCGCAAAUCUGCAGCAGCUGAAAGUAUACAGCGGUGAUGUGGCGGACCUGUGCCUGAACUUUGUUGCCACUGGCAGCGAUGGUGAGGAGAUCCCAUUGCUGCCUGCGGGACAUGGCAAGGAAGUACCCGUGACAGCCGAGAACAGGGUGCGUUACAUCUACUUGCUCAGUGACUACAAGCUGAAUCGCGAGCUUCAGAGUGCAUCAUCAGCCUUUUUGAAUGGCUUCCGGCGAUUAGUCGACGAGCGAUGGCUGCGAAUGUUCAGCGAGGACGAGUUGCAGCAGGUCGUCAGCGGCUCCAGCAGUGGAUCCCUGAACGUGGAUGAUUUGCAGCGACACACGCAGCUGUCCAACUGCAGCGGCCCACGUGACCGGCUAGUGCUGGAUUUCUUUGCCGCGCUCAAGGCCAUGAGCCCACAGCACCAGACAAAGUUGCUUCGCUUCGUGACUUCAUGCUCGCGGGCUCCUCUCCUCGGCUUCUCCCACUUGCAGCCGCCAUUCACGGUGCACAAGGUGCAUAUUCGCAGUGAUGGUGAAAAGCUGCCGACGGCCUCCACAUGCUUCAACACAUUGAAGUUGCCCACGUACUCUUCGUGGAAAGUCAUGAAGCAAAAGCUCGAGUUCGUGAUAGUCCAGGUUCUGGUUGCUGCUCUGGAUCUGGCCGGUGUUGCGCAAGAGGAAGACGAGGCUACCUUUCGUGCGGCUUACGAGGAGGCAAAGGAAGCGGGUGUGGACAAUCGUCGGCUGGUUGAGGCAGAAGAGAUCUUGGCCCGUUUGCGCCCUGCCCAGGCGGAUGGCACUCCAGGAUACGAUUUUCCGAGUGCACCCGAUGUCACCUCGAGUGCUUUGCAAGAGGUGAAGCCUAUCUUCCCACCUUUGCCACCUGUCUUCGUUGCCGUGACCGAGUCCGAAGCGAAGCGCAGAAAAGCAGAGCUGGGUGAUGCCGGGGAGGUCAAAGAGGAGGCUGUGGAGGAUGGCGUAGAAGCUCUUCGGAAAUGGUCGCUUCGGAUGAUAGAAGUCUCGCUGCUGCAAUGCCGCAAGCGCAAGGCAGUUGAGCUGGAAGACUUCGAUUUGGCACACCGGCUGAAGCAGCGGGAGCCUGCUGCUACCUUGCGUCUUACUGCCGCUCGCCAGACGUGUCUGGCUUGCAAGGAUGCUCCGGCGGCAGCAAACGACGGGGCCGACACGGAAGAACGGAAGAGAUUGAGAAGCCAGGAAGAGGAGGAGUUGCGAUCCGUGAAGCGCCAAAAGCAAGAGGCAGUUGAGGUGGAGGACUACGCUCGGGCAAGCGAGCUCCGGAGACGGGAGCUAGAGUUGGAGAGGCGCCAGCGAGGUGAUGACUCUCAGGCUGCAGCUGCAGCUUUGCAGCUGUUAGGCGAGUCUGCCCCAGAGGUGCUGAUCCGCCACUUCGAUCCAGGUGUGGCAGAAUGUGCCCAAGGCGCUGGGUCGGACAUUUGGGAGGCGGUUUCUGCAGACCUUCAGGCGGCCGCUGCCGUGUGA